AUGCCUAUUUUCGAAGAAGAGAUCGAUUCAUCGAAUUUUGGUGAUUCUAAAUUUGAUCUCGAUGCGGAGCCAAUCUAUGAUAAAUAUGAUGAUAAUUAUAAUUUGAUUAUUGGUUUCAAAAAUCAUAUGAAGGAGUUCAAGUUCUUUGAAGCUCUUGAUGUGGAGAAUUCAGACCAACAAGUGGUCAAAUGCAAAAGCCAAUUUGUGGUUUAUUCUGAAGACACCAUGUUCUAUGAUAUGGUAGUUGAAUUCCAGUUUAGUGCUUUAUCAGACCAAUUGUAUCACUCACCAGACCACCACAAUGAUGUGAGAAGGAAAGUCGUAAAUCAAGUGAUUCAGCAUUGUGGUGUCAUUGGUGUGAAACUAGUAAUGUUUCCUAAGAAAUACGCAUCUGGUAGUGAAAAAAGAAAAAGAAAAAAACAGCAAGAAGAUUUUAUAAGCUCCCAAAGAGGUUCUUUAGAUAAGUUUUUUAAGAAAAGAGGUGUUUCUUCGGAAAAUCAAAGUGAAAAUGAGGUAACUGAAGGAGUUCAAGAUAUAGGUGAGAACGAAAAUGAGGUAGCGGAAAGAGUUGAAGAUAUAGGUGAAAAUGAAAAUGAGGUAGCCGAAGGAGUUGAAGAUAUAGGUGAACAUGAAAAUGAUCAAACAGAAAAUAUGGAAGAAACAAAUGUGCUUGAAAGUGAGAAUAUUGAAAUAAAUUGUGUGAGUGAACCUUUAGAAGGUACAAUGCCUUUGAAUAUAUAUGAUCCUAGAGUUUGGGAUAGUUUAGAUGGAAAAAUGAGAGAUCUGCUUGUUGAAAAAGGUCCUAUUAGAGAAACCAAUAUUGUUUUUCCUAAGGAUAAUCUAAAUAGGGGGUUCUCUUUGGAUUAUUUUUCUCAAAAGAUGAGUAAUGGUGAACUUUCCGAUAGAAAAUGGUUGGUUUAUUCAAAAGAUUUGGAUAAAAGUCAAUUAGCAAAUGAAGGAAUUAAUGAUUGGAAACAUUUGGGGGAUAAGCUUAAACAACAUGAAAAGAGUCGUGAACACCUCUCUAACCUUAGAGCUUGGAAUGAGCUACGAGUGAGAUUGAGCACAAAUCAAACAAUUGAUAAAGAAUUACAAGAGCAAAUCAAGAAAGAUACAGAGCAUUGGAAAGAAGUCAUGGUUAGGGUAAUUAGUGUUAUUAAACGUCUUGCUAUGAAUAAUAUAGCCUUUCGUGGAACAAAUGAAAAAAUCUAUGAGGAUUCAAAUGGAAAUUUCUUAGGCUUUCUUGAAUCAAUAGGAGAGUUUGAUCCAAUAAUGAAGCAUCAUUUUCGACUCAUUCAAAAUAAAAAUAUUCAUUAUCAUUAUCUUAGUCAUAAAAUACAAAAUGAAUUGAUAGCUAUGUUGGCAUCAAGUGUCAAGAGUGCGAUUAUAAAGAAGAUUAAAGAGGCUAAAUAUUUUUCUGUGAUUCUUGAUUGCACCCCUGAUGCUAGUCACAAAGAGCAAAUGACUUUGAUAAUAAGAUGUGUAGAUGUUGCAAGUUGCCCAAUAAAAGUAGAAGAGUAUUUUUUGGAGUUUUUAAAUGUGGAAGAUACAUCGGGUUUGGGUCUUUUUAAUGAACUACAAGCUGCUCUAAGCUCUCUUGAUUUAGAUAUUGAUGAUGUGAGGGGACAAGGUUAUGAUAAUGGUUCCAAUAUGAGAGGAAAACACCAAGGUGUUCAGAAAAGGUUACUUGACAUAAAUCCUAGAGCUUUUUAUAUGUCAUGCGAUGAAUUAACUUUGAAAUCUUUGUCGGCUACACGGUGGGAAAGUCGUAUUGAAAGUGUGAAAGCAAUAAAAAGUCAAUUUCCCAAAAUAAAAGAAGCUUUAAUCAAACUUGCUGAAGUUGGUGAUGCAUAUGAUAAUCAUUUGAGUUGGGAAGUUGGGAAAUUAUUAGAUGGUGAAUUUUCAAGUUUUGAUUUCAUUUUAAGUUUGGUUAUAUGGCAUGAUAUUUCGAACAAAAUAAACAUGGUAAGCAAAAAUUUGCAGGCUGGAGAUAUGAUUCUUGAUGUUGCUAUUAAAAGUUUAAAAGGGUUGAUUUCAUUUUUUGAAAAAUAUAGAGAAGAUGGAUUUAAUUCUGCUAUAAUUGAUGCUAAAGAAAUUGCAAAUGAAAUGGGAAUUGAGUCUGUAUUUCCUGUGAAGCGUAGGGUUAUAAGAAAGAGACAUUUUGAUGAGAUUCCUAAUACAGAUAGAGAACAACAAUCAGCUCAAGAAGAUUUUAGAACUGAUUACUUUCUUGUCUUAGUUGAUAUGGCUCUUUCUCAAUUGAAGAGUAGAUUUGAACAAAUGGAAAGUUUUGAAUAUGUAUUUGGCUUCUUAUUUGAGGCAUCACAGUUGGUUUCAUUGGAUGAUGAAGAAAUGAAAAAUUGUUGUUUGAAACUUGAACUUGCUUUGAAACAUGGUGAGUUGUCUGAUAUUGAUGCAAAAUAUUUGCUUUCUGAGUUACAAAUAUUGCAGGAAAUGCUACCAAAUGAAGCAUAUGAAACAGGAAAACCAUGGAAUUCCAUUAAAAUUAUGGAGUUUGCAAAAGAAAUGGAUAUGUUUCCAAAUAUUUUGGUUGCUUAUAGGAUUUUAUUGACUGUACCUGUUACAGUAGCAUCUGCGGAAAGAAGUUUUUCAAAAUUAAAGUUAUUAAAAUCUUAUUUGCGGACAACGAUGACUCAAGAUAGGUUGAAUGGUUUGGCAAUCUUGAGUAUUGAAAAGAAUAUGUUGAAAAAUGUUGAGGUUGAGCACAUAAUUGAUGACUUUGCAUCUAAAAAUGCAAGAAGAAGUCAUUUUAGAUGA